AUCUGGAUAGAGUGAAUCUUUACCGCUUUCCAAUCAUCGGAUUCACAAUUUCUCCCCUAUUUCCUGCUUUUUUCACCUCCCUUUCUCUUCAAAUCAAAAUUAAAGCCAAAAAAAAAAAAAAAGUAUUGUGAAACUCUCUAUUUUCUCUCGCUAUCGAUCACAACCGAGACCCUUCGCUCUUCGCUUGUGUUUUGAGAUUCGAUCUUUCUCCUCCCCUUUUCGAGCCCUCUUUUUUGAAAACCCUCACUCGUUAACCCUAACUCACUGAGUCCAAAUCUCCUUCUUUCCAACUCCGACUAUCGUCGGUUUCCUACCGAAAUCAUCGUUUAAUUAAGCUUAUUAGGGUAAUUAGAUGAAUAAAAUCUCACUUUCUCUUGGGUGCCGGUACGUUUAUCACGAUUCUUAAGAGUUUUUGGUGGGUGGCGCAAGUUGGAAAAAAGGUUUUUUUUCUUCUGAGAUGAAUAUGCAACAAGUAGUGUUGCCAAAAACUUCUGCUAAUGGAUUUGGCCGUCGAAGAGGUGAUAGAGAGGUUGGGACUAGAUUGGAGAAUAAGAUGCAGUCGGGAAAAUCCAAUCAAGGAAGAAUACAAACUACAGGUUCACCGGCGGGUGGGAAGUCUGGAGGUUAUGAGAUUUCUUCCCGUGACCGGUUAGUUUAUCUGACAACAUGUAUUAUUGGGCAUCCGGUGGAAGUCCAUGUUAAAAGUGGUUCAAUUUAUGCUGGAAUAUUUCAUGCAACUGAUGCAGACAAAGAUUUUGGAAUCAUCUUGAAAAUGGCUCGCUUGAUAAAGGAUGGUACUUUGCGAGGACACAAGGCUACUGCAGAGUUUGUUAGCAAGGCACCCUCAAAGAUUUUAAUUAUACCUGCCAAAGAACUUGUGCAAGUUAUAGCAAAGGAUGUGGCUAUAACCAGGGAUGGAUUUGCAAGUGAGCUCCAACAUGAAAAACAUCAGGAAAUUUUGAUAGAUUCUGUGAUAUCACAAUCCCGUCAUGUGGAGUUGGAGAGGCAAUUGGAGCCCUGGGUUCCUGAUGAAAAUGAUCCACAGUGUCCUGAACUAGAAAAUACUUUUGACAGCCCGUGGAAUAGGAACUGGGAUCAGUUUGAAACCAAUCAAACGCUAUUUGGUGUACAAAGUACUUUCAAUGAGGAACUUUACACGACAAAACUUGAGAGGGGUCCUCAAAUGAGAGAGUUGGAGAAGAAAGCAAUAAGAAUAGCAAGAGAGAUUGAGGGUGAAGACACCCAGGACCUUCAUUUAGCAGAGGAGAGAGGCAUUGAUCUUCAUGAUAAUGUUGAUAUUGAUGAGGAGAUGAGAUUUUCCUCUGUCUACAGGGGUAGAGGGGUUGAAGAUAGUGGUUAUGAAGAAGAUGAGGACAUUAUGUUGGAUUCCCACAACAUUGAGACCUUUGGAAAUUCUUCUGAUUCUCUCAGUGGAAGGCCUGCAGAUUUGACCAGUUCACAAAGCUCUGAUGGAGUUCGAAUGCCAUCAAGCGCUUCCUUAAUGGAUGAGGCACCAUCUUCCCAAGCAGCCAUUGUGGCAGAUUUGAACCGCUCUGGCUUUAAUGAUGAGGCCAGGCAGCUGGCAUCUGAACUUCCUUCUAAAAAUUUCUGUGUCUCUGACAGUGAAAGCAGGAUCCAAGACAGUUUGCUUGGUGAACAUGGAGGAAGCAUUGAUGCUAAAGAGUUUGCGGAAAAGCAGCAUCCAUCUGACGACGUGCAAUUGUCAUAUUCUGUUGAUUCUCAGUCAUUAUUGAAUGACAAGGUUGAUGGGUCUGAUAAAGCUGGGCCAUCUGCAAAUCCUACCACUCAUGCUCCAUCUAAUUCUUUGUCGAAGGUUAGUGAAAACCAAAGUCCUUCAGGUGAACUCUUAGAGGGUCCAGCUUCUAGCAAAUCAACUGGUGAAGCACAUUUUGUAAAUUCCCGUGGACGACCUGCUAGUUCUACAUCAUCAAAUUCAGAUUGUGUUGGUGCUGUCUUAGCGUCUAGUGGCCCUGGCUUAUCACCAAGUUCAUCAAUGGGUUCAUUAUCUUCUGAGAAGUCAACACUGAAUCCCCAUGCGAAGGAAUUCAAACUCAACCCUAAUGCAAAGUGUUUCACACCAUCUCAAAUGCCAGUUAGAUCUCCAUCCCCAGUGUCUGAUGGUUCCUUCUACUAUCAAGCACAAAUGUCUCCUGGACCACAAAUGCACAUGCCUGUUAGUUUUGGGAUUGCACCGCCCUUUCCUGGUCCCCAGCCUGUUAUAUUCAAUCCACAGGUGGCACCAAUACAAUCACCACAAGCAUAUUUUCAUCCAAAUGGACCUCAGUAUGGGCAGCCGAUGCUUUUUGGGCAACGACCAGUGGUGUACUACCAACCUGAAAUGCAAUACAAAGGACGGGAUUAUUAACCAAUUAGUUGCUGAAAGCAUUCUUGGGAGCUCGGCUCUAUUAGCAAAGAAUAAAACUUUUGAGGGACUGCUUGGAUCUCAAUUUUCUCAAAACAAAGCCCAGCGGUCCAAGAAAGAUCCUAUAG